AUGCAUAAAAAAAAAAUAAAAAGAACCGAUCUUUAAUCGGCUCCUGACAUUAUUAAGACUAGACACAGACCUACAAAUCAUCUGGAAAUAGAAAAUCUAGUAAUGCAAGAUAUGCGUAAGAAAAUAUUGAAUGAUGAAAUGAAUACUCUACAGUUUUAUGAUAUAGUUAUACCUGAUUAGGAUGAGAUGAUUACUUCGCUUAAAGAUACAACAAAGAAACCGAUUAAGCUUCACUAGAAAGUUCAUAGAACUGAUUUAGAAAAAAAGUUGAGAGCGCGAUUGUCAAAUGAGGCUGGUGCCAAAUUAUUGUUACAAGAAAUUUAUGAGAAACUUGAAGAAGACCCUGAGAAUCACUCGACGACUGUCCGUAAAAAGUUGCACCAGGAGGAGCAAUUUAAAGCAAAUCAAUAAUAUAAAGCAGAAAGUGAUGAUUAAUUGGUAGCCAAUUUGGAUACUUGGUAUAAAGGCGUUAAAAAGAGAUAGAAAGAAGAGCAAGAUAAAUUGAAAUAGGAAUAGGAGAAAGAAAGACUUGCUAAAAUACAAUUGUAGGAGAAGUCGCAAUCAUUGCAAGCAAUGAGGAGAGGCGGCUUGAAUGACAGGUCAAAAGCUAUGUAAGGAAUGCCAGCCUUUCCAAAAUUAAUUGUUGAGUCUGCCAAGUCUGAAGGAGAACCGAGUGCUUUUAGAUAGAAAUUGAUGGGAUCCUUGCAAAAGAUCUCAGCCAUCAAAAAAAUUGAGAUGCUUCAUCAAGAUCAGACUCUAAUCAAAUAGUUGGAUAAGUAUAUGCAGUAGGGUUCUACUUUGACACAACAGGAAUUAGCAUAGAUUGAAUUAGCAAGAGCAAAACAAUAGGGAGACGAAAAGCAAGAUGGGACUCUGAUAUUCGAUUAUACUGUUGAAGGUUUGAAAAAUAGUUUACAUACAUUAAUUAAGAUGCAAUUGGUUCAAUUUUAAAAUGCGAGUGACCGAGCAUUAUUUUAUGAGAAAUAAACAAAUCAGAUUUUAUUAUCAAUCAAUUCCAGACUGGAGAGACAAAAAAAUACUGUAAAAAAGAAUGAGAAAGACCUUGAAACCUUGAGAAUGGAGAAUCAUGACAUUCAUAAAAAGUUAAGAGCCAUAUAAGAUUUCAUGAAAGAAAGAUAGGAGGAAUUGAGAGGAAUCAAUAAGAAACCAUAAUAGGCUUCUAAUUCACCCAAUAUUAAAAAUAAUGCUAGUUAGGUUGACAAUUAUAUGGUAAUUGCAGUGAAGUAGAAUGAAUUGGAAAGUUAGAUUGAUUAAAUGAAAGAUAAUUACAGCAAGUUCUAAUAAUAGAUGAAGUUGAAUUCAAUUUAGAUUGAAAAACUAGAAUAGGAGAACUCAAAAUUGAAUAAGAACAAUAAAGCAUUGUUGAAAUCAAUUUAAGGAUUCUUGUUAGAAUUACUUAAAAUUGGUUUGGAUUGUAGAUCCUAAGGACUGUCUUGGAUAAUUAAAGCGGUUUGGGAUUCAGGAGAGAAGAUUGCAGAAGCAAGUUUCCCUCCAUAUUUGGAUAGCAAGGCUAGGGACUUCUUAAUUAUUAAAACCAGGAAGACAAUUGAACUGAAUGAUUUAUUUAAAAAGGCUCAUUAAUUGUUCAGCAAUUACAGAGAAGCUUCAAUUGAUACAGGAAACAAUUCGAUAGUGUCUCUAUUAUCCAAAAAUCACUUUUCUUAGAUUGAUUCAUUGGACAUAAAGAAAUAGCAUAUAGAAUAGAUUAAAUAGAAGUAAGAGUCUUAAGUAACCCUACUUGUACAAGGAUUAAGUGAGACAGAACAUAAGCUGAUUCAAUCCACUCUUAUCCAUAUAUUUUAGAGCAAAGAGACCUUAAAUGAUAUUAUUUACAAUGAAGCUUAGAGGAGGAUAGCAAAGAUGUUUAAAACUGAAGCGAAUUAGGAAUAAUCGAUUGUGUUUACUGAGAUCAAUAACUUUGAGAAGGACAAAUUGAUAAAGGAGUACCAAUAGAUACAAAAAGAUAUAGAGGUGAAGGAGGGACAGUUUAGGAAGUUUGAGGAAGCUGAGUUGCAAAGGUUAGUUAAGGAGAUUGAUUACAAGAACUACUUGGCGAGAUUUAAUGUUGAAGCAUUGUAAGUGUUGGCUGCAUUGUUCGGAUACACGAGGGCUGAAAGGGAAUUAAUAAAAUAUGGUAUGAUGCACAAAAUGUUUAAUAAUUGAUUAAUUAAUUUAUUGAGAUGAUUGA